UGGUGCAGGACCUGCUGCUGCUCGUCCAGCAGGGCCGCCAGCACGAGGCCACCGAGCUGCUCCGGCACCUGCGCCAGGACUUAGGAAUGGAGUCGACCUCGCUGGAUGACGUCCUGUACCGAUAUGCCAGCUUCCGCAACCUGGUGGACCCCAUCACCCAUGACCUGAUCAUCAGCCUCGCUAGAUACAUUCACUGCCCCAAACCGGAGGGAGACUCGCUGGGGACCAUGGAAAAGCUCUGCAGACAGCUGACCUACCACCUCAGUCCACAUUCGCAGUGGAGACGCCAGGGCAUCAUGAAGAGGAAGCCUCAGUCCUGCUUGAAAGCUAUCCUGGUGGGGAAGCCCGCAGACAACACGGUAGAUCUGUCCAGCAUCCCACUGACCCCGAAAGAUCUGGACCGUGUCAACUCGUACCUCCAGCACAGCUCAGAGCACAUUGACAGCGUGGAGCUGUGCUUCACCGAACUGACCGAUGAGAUGCUCCUCCAACUCUUGCCUGUCCUCAGUGCUCUGCCUCAUCUCACCACGCUCGCCCUGAAUGGGAACCGGCUCACAAAAGCCGUCCUUCGGGAUCUGACAGAAACGCUGAAGGACCUGAAGAAGUUUCCCAGGGUGACUUGGAUUGAUCUGGGCAACAACGUGGACAUCUUUUCCUUGCCACAGCCCUUCCUGGUCAGCCUACGGAAACGAUGCCCGAAACAGGGCAACUUGCCGACCAUCCUGGAGUUUGGAGAGGGCCAGAUGAGUGACUUGGAAAGCCAGGAUGGCCUGGCAGAGAGUCAGGAGGAUGUGCGCUUAGGUGAUGGAGGCAGAAAUGAACCCGACAAGGUCAACAACACAGGCUCCAGACAGCCCCUGCCAGACAGAACAGAGGUCGGGACACUGCCAAAUAAACACGACUUCAAGAAGGAGGCUGCCUGCGUGACAGCUGCAGUGACAUCUCAAACAUGAUGUUCGGCUGUGUAUCACUGGGCUGGGUACUUUACACAGAGACACUUUAAAACUGAUACCUCAACUAUGAAGGUUAUUAAGGGUUGAUUUACAUGUUCAGAUUUCUAUACAAUGCUUUGAGAACUUGAGACUGGCAAUUUCUCUCAUCCUUGCAAAUGUCGUCUUAUUUCUUUUCAUACAGAACAUAAAUGUGAUCAUUGUAUACCUAUAUUUUUUAAAGCUGACCACAUAUUUUUAAACAUUAGUGAUGCGCUAUGCUUUCUCUCUUUCCAAAAACAUUGGUCUCUGUGGUGUCGUAAUACCAGCCCCUUAAAUAGCACAGAAGUUGAAGAAAACAGAACAGACUUUGCAGGAAGGAUUUCCUUUUUGGAAGAGAGAUCAUUAAUACCAAAAUCUUGGUUUUCAAAUAGCCUCUCUCUUGUAUGUGAGCGACAGGCUGCUGUUGUCCCAAAGAGGACUCUUGCAGAGACAAAAAUUAAACCUUUUUCCUUUCUCAACUGGCAUUGCAAGGUAGCGUGCUUGAUUAGUUAAAAACAAGUAGGGAUCUUUCCCUGCACCAGCUGCCGAGCAGUGAGGAGGAAAUUCAGCCCUUUGUAGAGGGUCUGUGCAACAAGCACCAUGUAACCGGUGCAUAUUCUUCGUGCUGGGCACCUGCAGAAAGGUGCACUUCCACUCAAGUUCCUGCUUCCUUAGCUCUAUUCACAAUCCAGAACCACUGUCUCUCUCUUUAGCCUUAACAGGAGUUGGACCAGCAAACUGACCUUGACUUUGCCAAACCCUAAGCCCAGUUCUGCUCUUAGUCAUGCCACUGUGAACCCCAGAUAACUCCAGUGAUCUCCAUGUCAUUACUUGGGGUUUACGUCAGCGGAUCUGAGAGUGGCAUUGGGUCUGUUUUUAGAGACUCGGGGGGGGGGGGGGG